UUGUAAUUAUUCAUAAGCAUAAUUAAGAGUCGCAACAAUGCGUUUUAAAACGCUAACGCUGCUCGAUCUGCAUGAACUGAGCUUGUACAUCCAUGGCAUAUCUUUGGAAACAGGCGCGAUGAGCACCAAAGAGGAGCCAGAGCUUCAGGAGUGUCAGAUCUCCAGCGUUCACCCUGUAGCGGCGCACCUGGGCCGGGCAGCGCGCUCGGCCAGCAUCGCUCUGUCCUCCACCGGCUCAUGGCGAGACCCGACGCGCAGCUGGGGCUGGCUGCUGUCCGGCGCUGUGCUCAUCAACGUCAUCGUGCUCGGGUGCGCGUUCGUCGGCGCCAGCGUGUUUAACGCGAAAAGCGUGACCGCCGUGCACCUGGAGCUCUACCUCGUGGUGCUGAUCGUCUCCACUACCGCCUGGAUGGUCUUCUACAAGGCGUACACGUCCCGCGGGGACGAGGCCGUGCUCUACAAGGACUUUCACGCCGGGCCCGUGUGGCUCAGAGGUGGCCUGGUGCUGUUUGGACUCUGCAGCUUGAUCAUGGACGUUUUUAGGAUCACAAACUCUGUGGGUCGUAUACACUGUGAAAAUACAGCUGUGAAAAUCGUCUUUCCCGCUGUACAAGGCAUGUUCGUCCUGGUGCAGACUUACUUUCUCUGGCUCCAUGCCAAGGAUUGUGUGCAAGCACAGAGAAACAUAACUCGCUCUGGACUCAUGCUCACCUUGGCCACAAACCUGAUGAUAUGGAUUACAGCAGUGACAGAGGAGUCUCUCCAUAAAGGGAAUAGCAGUGCUACCCACAGCCUUGAUUUCCAGAGUCCCUUACCUAGAGCUACAGCUUCUGACGCCAACAGCAGUUGUGUGUGCAACAUGAUGGCAUGCGACAUCUUUAAAAAAGCCAUCCCUUAUCUCUAUCCAUUCAAUAUUGAGUACAGCCUGUUCGCCUCAGCAAUGGCCUAUGUGAUGUGGAAGAACGUGGGCCGACUGGUGGAUGACCAUGGGCAUCAUGAGCACCGCUUCAGCAUGCGUGAUGUGUUGAUUGGCCCAGCCCUUGGCAUCAUUGUGCUGGUGGCUGGCCUGACCAUAUUUGUGGUGUACCAGGUGGAUGUGUCGGUCCCGGCCCCCAACGAGAAAAGGGAGCCAGCCCUCAUUAUGUACUAUGUAGCCAACACAACCACAGUGGUCCUGAUGAGUGUGGCAUCAGCAGUUGGUUGUGCUUUGUUCCAGCUGGAGCAGCGUGAGCAUGCAGUGGGCAAGAACCCAACACGCAGCCUGGACAUGGGGCUCUUAAUUGGUGCCUCUGUAGGCCAACUCACAGUCUCCUACUUCACCAUUGUGGCUGUGUUGGCGGACGGUGUGGGUAGCUCAGUCAAAGCCCUUAACCUUGCAUGGAGCGUGCUUCUAGUAGUCGAGCUUUGUGUACAGAACGUGUUCAUCAUUGAAGGUUUGCGGCGUGAGCCACACCAGGACACACGGCGAGCCAGUAUCUUCUCCAAUCUGCUCGCCUUGCAAGCACUCGAAGAGCGCAGGAUGUCCGGCAAUGUGCUUACACCCCGUGGCUCCAUUGCCCUACCAGCUCACAAGCCCCUUCCCUGGAAGAGGAAGGCUCUCAAGGAGAUCUCAUCAUUCCUGCUGCUUUGCAACAUUAUUCUUUGGAUCAUACCUGCUUUCGGAGCACGACCAGAGUUUGACAACCCCCUUGGAGAGAAGUUCUACAAAUUAAGCAUGUGGGAGGCUGUUGUUAACAUCGGACUGCCUUUUGGGAUCUUCUACCGAAUGCACUCAGUGGCCAGUCUUUUAGAGGUGUAUCUUACCUCUUGAAUCUACAGCCUGAGCAUAAUUUUUUUAAAACAUUUUUUAAAUAAAAGAUACAACCUAAUUUUUUUUGUCUUUGUAAAUGAGGAGCUUGUGUAAAGAUUUGUAUACCUUAGUUGUAGUGUCUACACAGAUGGAUAACACUAGUCUUUCAGUAAAUUGGAUCACUACAAACCGCCAGAACUGCUUUAAUACACAUUGCCACUUAUUCUACAAAUCUCUAGAAUGGUACAGGAGGGAUGAAUACUAAUUUUCUUAGUUAUUCUGUCAGUGGGGGGUUGAUGAUGGCAGAGGAGAAUGCUGUCAAUCACCUGGAGCAAAAUCGCUCAUUUAACUGGGUUUAGAGUUAAGGCCAUAGAAUAUCUAUCCACCCACUGAAUAUGUUAUUUAUCCUGUGCAGGAGAAACACAGGGCACACACCCUGGAUCAGGGGCCAACCAGUCAUAGGGCACAAGCACAUACACUACAGGUAAUUUGGAAACGCCAGCCUACAAUGCCCACUCACAAAAUGCUUCAGAUGCUUAACACAGCCACUGUUUGUUUUUUCUCCUAUAACGUGUCACCAGUCUGUACUGUAUAUCCUGAUUUUUGUGCAGCUUGGAAUAUUUAAUAUAAGAACUUGACCAAAAAAAAUCAUAAAAACUAUGUAUUAUACACAAUUAUUUGUACAUCCAAUAUAAAAGUUGCAUUUUAAGCCCAAUAAAACUUAAUCUUGCAUUGA